AUCGAACAAACAACUGAGAUCCUGUUGUGCCUGUCACCUGCUGAAGUUGACAAUCUCAAGGAAGGAAUCAAUUUUUUGCAAAAUAAGACCGCUGGCAAAAGUUACAUCUUAUAUAAGAUUAAAGGUCACCUGAAGGCAUGCAAGAAUCUGUGCAAACAUCAAGGAGGCCUGUUCAUAAAAGACAUUGAAGACUUAGAUGGAAGGUCUGUUAGAUGCACAAAACACAACUGGAAAUUAGAUGUGAGCACCAUGAAAUAUAUCAAUCCUCCAGGAAGCUUCUGCCAAGAUGAACUGGUUGUUGAAAUGGAUGAGAAGAAUGGACUUUCACUACUAGAACUGAAUCCUCCUAACCCCUGGGAUUCAGACCCCAAAACUAUUGAGGAUUUGGCUUUUGGAGAAGUACAGGUAACAUACCUCACGCAUGCCUGCAUGGACCUUAAACUGGGAGACAAGAGAAUGGUGUUUGAUCCUUGGUUAAUUGGUCCUGCUUUUGCACGAGGAUGGUGGUUGCUCCAUGAGCCUCCCUCUGAUUGGCUGGAGAGGCUGUGCCAAGCUGACUUAAUUUAUAUCAGUCACAUGCACUCAGAUCACUUGAGUUACCCCACACUGAAGAUGCUUGCUAAGAGAAGACCAGAUAUUCCCAUUUAUGUUGGAAACACGGAAAGACCUGUGUUUUGGAAUCUGGAUCAGAGUGGUGUCCAGUUGACCAAUAUCAAUGUUGUGCCAUUUGGAGUUUGGCAGCAGGUUGACAAGAAACUUCGAUUCAUGAUAUUGAUGGACGGUGUUCACCCAGAGAUGGAUACUUGCAUUAUUGUGGAGUACAAAGGUCACAAAAUACUCAAUACGGUGGACUGCACCAGACCCAAUGGGGGAAGGCUGCCUGUGAGAGCUUCUCUCAUGAUGAGUGACUUUGCUGGAGGAGCAUCUGGCUUUCCAAUGACUUUCAGUGGUGGAAAGUUUACUGAGGAAUGGAAAGCCCAAUUCAUUAAAACAGAAAGGAAGAAACUCCUCAACUACAAGGCGCGGCUUGUGAAGGACCUGCAACCCCGAAUUUAUUGUCCCUUUGCUGGGUAUUUCGUGGAAUCCCACCCAUCAGACAAGUAUAUUAAGGAAACAAACAUCAAAAAUGACCCAAAUGAACUCAACAAACUUAUCAACAAAAUUUCUGAUGUGGUUACAUGGACCCCACGACCAGGAGCCACCCUUGAUCUGGGUAGGAUGCUAAAGGACGCAACAAACAGCAAAGGCAUCACAGAGCCUCCAGAAGGAACUAAAAUUUACAAGGAUUCCUGGGACUUUGGACCAUACUUAAAAAUCUUGAAUGCUGCCAUAAGAGAUGAAAUAUUUCUUCACUCUUCCUGGAUAAAAGAAUACUUCACUUGGGCUGGAUUUAAGGAUUAUAACCUUGUGAUCAGGAUGAUUGAGACAGAUGAGGACUUCAGCCCCUAUCCUGGAGGAUACGACUAUUUGGUUGACUUUCUAGAUUUAUCUUUUCCAAAGAAAAGACCAUGCCGGGAACAUUCCUAUGAGGAAAUCCGGAGUCGGGUCGAUGUAGUCAGACAUGUGGUGAAGAACGGUCUACUCUGGGAUGACUUGUAUAUAGGGUUCCAGACCCGAAUCCAGAGGGAUCCUGACAUAUACCAUCAUCUGUUUUGGAACCAUUUUCAAAUAAAACUCCCUCUCACACCACCCAACUGGAGGUCCUUCCUGAUGCACUGUGUGUAGAGCAGACCUGAGAUCUCACAGUUCUCUAUACAAAGAACCAAUAAGCCCAACAGGAACAUACUGCCUAUGAAAUGUAGUGCAUAA